AAGUUGUUGUAACCUUAUGAGGGUGACAACAACCCAAAUAAAUCACUAUUUUUAUGCAUGUUAAUUAAAAGGAAGACAUAUCCUGUGAAAUAAUGAGAAGAUUACUUCAUAGAAAUUAACAUUUUUAAAACUCUAGUGCAUUUUAUUAGUGUACAGUAAUUAGGCAUGUUCAUUGUUUCAACUGUUGGAAGUCUGUACAUAAUGACAUGAUUAGGAAGUGAACUGUGAUACUACAAAUUAACAGAUCAUUUGGAUAUGUAAUAUGCAGUAUGAAAUAGUACUUUCGUUAACAUAAUGUGAACACUUAUCAUAACAUGUAUUCUCAGGACAGGAAAAUAUGGUUAAAAAAAAUUAAAAGAAAAACAGUGCUGACAAAAAGAUAUCACUUCAAAAUUGAACAGCAAAACAUUUGAAUAUAAUUAUUUUAUGAUCACUGAAUACUGAUACAAGGAAGUUACAUCAAGACUGACAUUAUUAGGUAUGGAUCAGAAGGAGCGUAGAGCAUUGGAUAGAUGUUUUGAUGGUUUUCUACGUGAUUUAGAUCCAUCACCAUCAUUCCUACAUUCCUUGUAUGCUGAAAAUAUCCUAACUGAGGAGCAGAUGGAUAGAAUCAGUAAAAUAUCUUCAAGAGAGACACAAGUGGCCAUGCUUUUGAGGUAUCUGCCUCACCGUGGACCAAAUGCCUUUACUGUGUUCAAAGACAAGCUGGAAAAGGAUUACCCCUGGCUCGCUCAGAGGCUUGCUGAUGAACUAAAGAAACUUCAAAGUGGACAAGCAAGCAUCAACAAGAGACUGAUCAGUGUCAUAGAAACACAGCUAGUUCCAUUGGUAUAUCCAGGAGGUUCAGGUUACGACAUGUGUGAUGAAAAAGCACAUCCAGGUGUCAUCAUUGAAAAAAUUGGUGACUUACUAAAUAGCCUGGAACUCAAGUGCCAUAAAGCCCUUGAUAUAACAACAAUUGGAAAACACAAAACCCCUAUAAACAAACUUAUAGAAGAUAAACUAAAACAAGAAAAAAAGAAAGAAUUCAAUGAGAAUAUAGACGACCUUAGCAAAGAAGUUAAAGACUUAAAAAAGCAGGUCAGGGAAAUUGUUAAGUUAAAAGGUGAAAAUGAAAAACUGAAAAACGUUAUAUCAAGACAGAAAGAGAAACUGAAAGACUAUAGCAAAAUGUCUAGAGAUUCCAAAAGACAUAAGCAGGACAUGGAGAAGUAUAAGAAAGAGACUGAAAUGUUGAGAUAUGAGGUAGAAACUCUAAGAGAGCAGCUUUGCAGUAACAUAUCUAACCCUUAUGCUUAAUAGCAUACACACAGCCUCUGUGCAAUCAGAAUCCUACAAACUGUUUGGUAACAGACUUCCCAAAUGUGAAGCUUACAAUUGGUAAUUGCAUGGUGUAGCCUAGAGUUUCCUUUAAAGAUUUGUGAUAAAAGCUAAUUUGUUGUUGUUGAGUUUUCUUUCUAGACUUAUUUUCAACAAAUAAAAAUAUGUUCAUCA